AUGGCCAAGGGUAAAGAUGUCCGAGUAAGGGUUAUUUUGGAAUGUACCGGUUGUGUUGGAAACGGUGUUAAUAAGGAAUUGGCGGGUAUUUCCAGAUAUAUUACUCAAAAGAAUCGACACAAUACACCUAGUCGAUUGGAAUUGAGAAAAUUCUGUCCCUAUUGUUCCAAACAUACAAUUCAUGGGGAGAUAAAGAAAUAG